AUGGCGAGCAGCCUGGGGAACCACGCCUGUCACGCUUGGGCCAACACCGUGGGACUGAUCAGCCGUGUGCCCGUGAAGUGUAGCUGCUGCCUUGCGCGCCCCAUCUACGUCGCCCUCGACAGCCAGCAUGUCAGCCACUGGACUCGGAGGCCGGCGCGUGCGCACACUGGGCCUGGCGUGCCAUGGACCCCUCUCCCGGCAGGCGCGGUUCUCCCCGGACCCUGGGCCCUCCCGGUGCGGGGCUGGCACUCGUCCCAGCCCCGGUGGGACGACUCCCUGGUGGAGAAGUCCCUCAAGUCCCUGAAGGACAAGAACAAGAAGCUGGAGGAGGGCGGCCCUGUGUACAGCCCCCCCGCGCCCGCAGCCGUGAAAAAGUCCCUCGGGCAGCGGGUGCUGGACGAGCUAAAGCACUACUACCACGGCUUCCGCCUGCUGUGGAUCGACACCAAGAUCGCCGCGCGCAUGCUCUGGCGCAUCCUGCACGGGCACACGCUCACGCGCCGAGAGCGCAGGCAGUUCCUGCGGAUCUGCGCCGACCUCUUCCGCCUGCUGCCCUUCCUGGUCUUCGUCGUGGUGCCCUUCAUGGAGUUCCUGCUGCCCGUGGCCGUGAAGCUCUUCCCCAACAUGCUGCCGUCCACAUUUGAGACCCAGUCGGUCAAGAUCCGAGAGACUGGCGAGAGGCCCAGCAACGAGGAGAUCUUGCGCUUCUCAAAGCUGUUCGAAGACGAGCUGACCCUGGACAACCUGACGCGGCCGCAGCUGGUGGCGCUGUGCAAACUGCUGGAGCUGCAGUCCAUAGGCACCAACAACUUCCUGCGCUUCCAGCUCACCAUGCGGCUGCGCUCCAUCAAAGCCGAUGACAAGCUCAUCUCCGAGGAAGGGGUGGACACUCUCACCGUCAAGGAGCUGCAGGCGGCCUGCCGGGCCCGGGGCAUGCGGGCACUGGGCGUCACCGAAGACCGGCUGAAGGGUCAGCUGAAGCAGUGGCUGGACCUGCACUUGAACCAGGAGAUCCCCACAUCGCUGCUGAUCCUGUCCCGGGCCAUGUACCUUCCGGACACCCUCUCGCCCGCGGACCAGCUCAAGUCCACGCUGCAGACCCUGCCGGAAAUAGUGGCCAAGGAGGCGCAGGUGAAGGCGGCGGAGGUGGAGGGCGAGAAGGUGGACAACAAGGCCAAGCUGGAGGCCACGCUGCAGGAAGAGGCAGCCAUCCGGCAGGAGCACGAGGAGAAGGAGCUGCAGCGGCGCUCUGAGGAGGCGGCAGCGGAGGCGGCGAAAGAAGGUGAGCCGGAGGUGGUGGCGGACGUCCCCACUGGGAGGCCCCUGGUGGAGCCACAGCCUGAGGUGCCUGAUGUGAUCGUGCCUGACGAGGUGCUGAGGGACACCGCCCCCAUCCUGGAGGGCGUGAAGGGGGAGGAGAUCACCAAGGAGGAGAUCGACAUCCUCAGCGACGCCUGCUCGAAGCUGCAGGAGCAGAAGAAGUCCCUGACUAAGGAGAAGGAGCAGCUGGAGCUGCUCAAGGAGGACGUGCAGGACUACAGCGAGGACCUGCAGGAGAUCAAGAAGGAGCUGUCCAAGACCGGCGAGGACCAGCUCGUGGAGGAGUCCAAAGCCAGCCAGCGGCUGACCCGGAGGGUCCAGCAGAUGAUUGGCCACAUCGACGAGAUGAUCGCCCAGCUGGAGACGGAGCAGAAGGCUGGCACACUGAGCCCUGGCCGGGGCACGCCCGCGGGGUCCUUGCUCAUGGAAGCCUUCCUCCACCCCCAGACCAGGGAGAACUUCGUCAGCAUCCCCGAGCUCAUCAGUGCCAUGAAGCAGGUGAAGCACAUUCCGGAAGGCAAGCUGCUGCGCCUGGCCUCCGCGCUGGAUGAGAACAAGGACGGCCGGAUCGACAUCAAUGACCUCGUCAAGGUGAUCGAGCUGAUCGACAAGGAAGACAUCCACAUCUCCACCAGCCAGGUGGCGGAGAUCAUGGCCACGCUGGAGAAGGAGGAGAAGGUGGAGGAGAAGGAGAAGGCCAAGGAGAAGGCAGAGAAGGGAAGGGAGGCCGCCGAGGGAAAGAACUGAGUAGCGCAAGGGCUCCCACCCCAGACGCACCCCCUGCGCCCUCCACCUGUGGCUAUGGCUGUGUGGUGGCAUCCCGAGGUGACUCCCAGCGGCAGAGCUAGUAUUUUUGUCUGGAAUAAAUCAGAAACUUCCAUAAUC